AUGUUCGCAUGGUCGCCGUCAGACAUGCCUGGUAUCGACCCGAACAUCAUAUGUCACCGACUCCACGUCAACCCUGCCUGCAAACCAGUGGCGCAGAAGAGGCGCAACUUCGCACCCGAGCGGGUUGCCAUCAUCGAAGCCGAGAUUGAUAAACUCCUAGCCGCCGGCUUCAUUGAAGAGGUCUCCUACUCGGAGUGGCUCGCUAAUGUUGUUCUAGUGGCAAAACAAGAGAAGGGAAAGUGGAGAGUCUGCGUCGAUUACACCGACCUCAACAAAGCGUGCCCAAAAGACAACUUUCCAUUGCCAAGAAUCGACCAACUAGUGGAUUCCACUUCUGGCAAUCAGCUACUUAGCUUCAUGGACGCCUACUUCGGCUACAACCAAAUCUUGAUGCACGAGGAUGACAAGGCGAAAACUUCUUUCAUCAUCGAGAGAGGGACCUACUGCUACAAGGUCAUGCCUUUUGGGCUGAAAAACGCCGGAGCAACCUACCAAAGACUGGUGAACAAAAUCUUCAAGGAGCAGAUCGGCAAAACUAUGGAGGUGUACGUGGACGACAUGCUGGUCAAGGCCCCAAAACGUGCAGAUCACCUCAAAAACCUCGUUGAGGCAUUCGGCCUGCUCCGCCAGUAUCGCAUGAAGUUGAACCCAAGUAAAUGCACAUUUGGUGUAUCCUCCGGCCGAUUCUUGGGAUACUUUGUCACACAACGAGGUAUCGAGGCACACCCACGUCAGAUCAAAGCUAUUCUCGAGAUGAAGUCGCCUUCCACAGUGAAGGAAAUACAAAGUCUGACGGGCAGAGCAACGGCCCUCAACUGGUUCCUCUCAAGAUCAACCGACAAGUGCAAACCAUUCUUCAAAGCUUUGAAGAAAGGACAAAGAGACAAAUGGGAUGAGGAGUGCGAAGUAGCUUUCCAGAGUCUGAAGGCUUAUCUCACUUCACCUCCCCUGCUUUCAAAGCCAGUCCCUGGUGAGGACUUGUUCAUGUACCUGGCAGUGUCCAACUCAGCUGUCAGCUCAGCUCUCAUCAGAGAAGAGCUGGGGGCCCAACAUCCGGUAUUCUACACGUCAAAAGCUCUCCUCGAUGCAGAGACUUGUUACCCAAAAUUGGAGAAACUCAUUUUGGCUCUUGUAGUUUCCGCGAGAAAGCUACGACCCUACUACCAAGCUCAUCGAGUCAUCGUCAUGACCGACUUUCCUUUGAGAUCAAUCCUUCAUAGCCCUGAUGCUUCUCAGCGACUCAUGAAGUGGGCUAUAGAGCUAAGCCAAUAUGACCUCCUCUACCGGCCAAAAGCUGCAAUAAAAGCCCAGGCUUUAGCUGACUUCGUAGCGGAGUUCACCCCAUCGGCCGAAGAAGAGAAAAUGGUCAACGAAAAGAAGGAAAGUUCAAAAGCAGACGGGACCCCCGCUGAACCUAGCCAACCUAGAGACACGUGGCAGUUGCGGGUAGACGGAGCGUCAAACCAGAAAGGAGCUGGAGCGGGUGUCGUCAUCAUCACCCCAGACGGAACCUUGUUGGAGCAAGCUAUCACGCUUGGAUUCCCGGCCUCGAACAACGAGGCAGAAUACGAGGCAUUGCUCGCCGGCCUGCGCUUGGCAAAGGAACUCGCAAUCAAGAAGCUAGCCAUUUACUCAGAUUCCCAGCUGAUCACGAAUCAAGCGUCAGGUGAAUACAUGGCGAAGCACCCAAGGAUGAUCUUGUACCUUGACAAAGUCCAGGAGUUGUUGAAGGCGUUUCCUACCUUCACCAUCCAACAAGUACCCCGGGCAGAGAACGCACAUGCAGAUGCGCUAGCCAGUCUAGGGUCAGCGUUGGAUACCCAGUUCAGACGCUCCAUCCCAGUCGAACACCUUGACCGGCCAAGCAUUGAAGAGGUAGAGCCAAUCGACACCAUGCGAAUUGACGAAGACCCCAGCUGGCAAGACCCCAUCAUUGACUACUUAGUGAAUGGAAACCUACCCGCGGACAAGUCCGAGGCUAGAAAGGUCCAGCAGAAGGCCGCGAGAUACUACAUGCACGACAACAAGCUCAUCCGCAGAUCAUACUCCGGCCCUCACCUUACCUGCAUAAAAUACCCUCAAACACUUGAGGUCCUCUGCAAAAUUCACGACGGCGAGUGUGGCAACCACUCUGGGGGCAGGUCACUCGCCCAGAAGGCUCUAAACAUAGGCUACUUCUGGCCUACCAUGCGCCACGACUCCGCUGAAUAUGUCAAAAAGUGUGAUCGUUGCCAACGAUACAAGCCGAUUCCUAAUUGGCCUGCCGAAGUUUACCAUCCGCAAAACAGUCCAUGGCCAUUCAUGCAAUGGGCCAUCGACUUAGUGGGUCCCUUGCCACCGGCGCCCGCCAAGAAAGAAAUGAUGAUCGUCGCCACCGACUACUUCACUAAAUGGAUCGAGGCCGAAGCUCUAUCCUCUACUAAAGAAGCCGAUGUGGAGCGAUUCAUCUGGAGAAACAUCAUAUGCCGAUUUGGCUGCCCACAAUCGCUGGUCACUGAUAAUGGCUCACAGUUCAUUGGCAAGCAUAUCACCGCCUUCUUUGCGAAAUACAAGAUCAAACAACACCUGUCAACUCCGAGGUAUCCACAAGGAAAUGGGCAGGCCGAGGCAUCCAACAAAGUCAUAUUGGACUGCUUGAAGAAGAGGCUAGAAGGCGCCGAAGGAAAAUGGGUGGAUGAACUCCCCGGAGUACUAUGGGCUUAUCGCACCACCAAGCGAAGUCCCCUCUAUAACCUCGAGGUGGGCAGUGUUGACCAGAACUCCAAGCAAAUGAGGCUCAACCUUGACCUACUUGAGGGCGAACGUGAGAAGACCAUUAUCCGAGUCGCCUCCUACCAGCAGCAGUUGAAGUCUUACUACGACAAAAGAGCUAAGGUCAGACAGUUUCAACCAGGCGACCUCGUGCUAAGAAAGGCUUUCAUCACCGCACCAAGACAAGGGUCGAAAAAGAUGAAUCCCAACUGGGAAGGCCCUUAUGUGAUCAGCCGGUCCGGGGGCAGAGGAAGCUACACAUUGGACACCAUGGAUGGGAAGCAAAUACCACGACAAUGGAAUGUUCACCAUCUCCGAAAUUUCUCAUUCCAAAAUGUCUUAUCUGCCUACAAAACACAAACAGUUGCCCAUAAGCAGCGUCCUAAGGGAGACGCAGGGCGACGACCAAAGCGUCCUUCGGGAGACGCAGCCCGUAAAAAGCGUCCUAAGGGAGACGCAGGGUGCGCCAGGAAUUUCUUAAAAGGAGGUCUCCAUGCCUUCUGCGGGAAGUAUCCAGGUUCCUAUCCGUUUCCUAAGGGAGGCAGGAUAGACACGCAGUUGCCCAUAAGCAGCGUCCUAAGGGAGACGCAGGGCGACGACCAAAGCGUCCUUCGGGAGACGCAGCCCGUAAAAAGCGUCCUAAGGGAGACGCAGGGUGCGCCAGGAAUUUCUUAA